GAAGAAGGCGAAGAAGAAAACAGCAAAAGAAGAAAGAAGAAGGAUGGCUACUAAAAAAGGGAAUUGCUAUGUCCGAGGAUGCUCUAAAACAGAAGGAAGUUUCCACUUACUCCCGAAGGAUGAGAAAACAACAGAAGAGUGGCUAAAGUUUAUUUAUGGGGAAGUGCCGCGCAUGUUUAACCCAAAUUUGAGACUAUGUUCAGCACACUUUACCGAAGACUGCUUCCUGAACAUGGGCGAAUUCAAGUCAGGCUUUUCCAACAAACUGAUUUUGAGAAAAAGCUCUGUACCAACACUGAAGGGGGCGACCACAAAAUCGCCAUUGCCCAAACCAUCAAAGCCACAAUUUUGCAACGUUCAUUGUCAGACUGAGUCGAAGUGCUCCUCUCGAGGGACGCAGCUUGGCGCGAAAACUCUGGCUCCCAAAGUAAGGAGUCAAGGCACACAGACAUCAGACGACUUGGCCAGUGCAGAGAUUGUCGCGUCAACGGCUCUGGGUGGCGGUCAGCCAUUUGCAUCUACGACUGCCAGGAAAGGGCCGACUAAACAACCUGGUUUUAAGAGAGAGGAAGACUUUGAUGAGACUACCACAGAAGCCACUGAGCCAGCCAGUCAACCAGUCACAACUGCAACAGAGUCGUCCCGGCACUCUGACGCGUCUGGCUCCGCCCACGAAGACCUCAAGUUCAUCGUGUUUGAAAAGUGCCUGCUCGAACUCUUCAAGCACUGUCCCGUGUGCGCACGCGUGUGUGACGUGAUGCCACAGCGGCGGGGAACGCUCUUUGCUGUGCGACAACGCUGUCCACACUGUCAGUACUUCAGGCAAUGGAGAAGUCAACCAUGCUCAGGCAGCAUCCCCCUUGGAAACCUGCAGCUGGCUGCUUCCAUUUAUUUCACUGGUUCUUCUUAUACUCAGCUCCAGAAGGUAUUCAGGGCAAUGAAAAUCGCUACUUUUGGGUAUCGCACGUUUAGGAGGUAUGCCAGGACUUACUUGGAGCCUGCUGUAAUCUGUAAGUGGAAGAAGGAGCAAGAUGAGGUGCUAGAAUUUCUAAGCCCCAAUAAAGUCAUGCUUGGUGGCGAUAUGAGGGCAGAAUCACCAGGUCAUUCAGCAAAAUAUGGCAGCUAUACCCUGAUGAACUUGGAGAGCAACAAAGUCAUUGACAUACAACUUGUUAAGAGUAAUGAGGUUGGAGGGAGCAACAACAUGGAGAAGGAGGGUCUUAAACGGUGCCUUGACCUUCUGCGACGCAAAGAUGUUGAAGUGGACUACAUAGUCACAGACAGACAUCCACAAGUGCAGAAGUUUCUGAGAGAGCAGAAGAUUCAACAUUUCUACGAUGCGUGGCACGUGGAAAAAGGUCUGACAAAGAAGUUGACUAAGAUUGGGAAAGAAAAAGAUUGUGAGUUGGUGCAGAAAUGGGUACGCAGCAUUCGAAACCACAUUUACUGGACCGCCACAUCGUCGACAUCUGGACCAGAGAAGCUUGCAAAAUGGCAGUCGCUGGUUAAUCACAUACAAGACGUCCACACCCACGAUCACCCACUUUUCCCACAAUGUCUGCACCCAGAACCAGCCUCAGAAAAGAAAAAGAAAUGGUUGCAACCUGGCUCAAAAGCGCUUUACAAAGUAGAGAAGGUCCUACUAAACAGAAGAGUUUUGAAGGAUGUGGAGAAGCUGAGUUCAAAUCACAGGACAUCUGCUGUAGAGGCCUUCCACAACGUAAUUCACCGCUUCGCACCCAAGAAUGUGGUUUUUCCCUAUACUGGAAUGUUAUCCAGAUUGUACCUUGCAGCCAUGCAUUUCAAUGAGAACUCUGAUAGGCCACCAAAAAGAACGCCGGAAGGCAGACCUGGGUACAAACUGCUUUUCCCCAAAAACAAGAAAGGUGGGCACACAGUGAAGGUUGGGAAGGAACAAGCGACAUACUGCUACGCGUUCAGCCUCAUGAAAAUGCUUUUUGAGGAGGUGCUCCCAGACCCAUCACCAUACUUUGAAGAAGUGCUGAGGAUUCCUAUCCCUGCAGACCUCUCGGCGCAGUAUGAACAGCCGUUGAUGGAGGAAGUUGUUGCCUGACAUGUGUCCUGUUUCAGUGAAGGGGGAGGGAGGGGGGGUCUAGAACCUGUAUAGUGACCUUCUGCAUCAGAAACACGCAGACUGGUCUCUCAUCACCCUCACCUUCAGUCUUAAGAUGGCCCCAACACCAGCCAACAAUGCCUAUAGGCCAAGUGUCUGCUGCGUAGGGGUGUGCAAAAUAAUCGUCAUGACGAUGCAUCGCGAUUCUAAUUUUCGUGAUCUACUGCAUCGAUUCUUGACGC